ACUGCCCAUCUUUGCAGAAGAACCGUACGCGUGUGCCACCGGAAACAGAAGAAACAAUCGAAUUUCAUAUCGGAACAACUACUUGAGGCUGCCUGCGCCAUCGUCGACUGAAAAGUGUUGUCAUAUUUGUUGUUGACGGUUGAAAGGGUCGCCUUAUUUUCACAUAGAGAACGAGUUGUGCACAAGUGGUGUUUGCCUUGGAAGUUGUAAUGUCAGUCGGUGCCAUAGUGCCGCUCACACACUAGCUACAGUAACGUCAGCUUUUUCUGGCAAUAUCCUCGAAGGAAUCAGUAUGGAUGCGCUCUGGGUAUUCCUAAUGCUGCUGGUCCCACUUCUGCUAUGGACCAGCAGCACCUUUGUUUUUUAUUUUAAAAAGUGUUUCUACGUGGCCUAUAUGAUGGUUUUGGGUGCGAUUGCGAUUCCGCUUAGUAUAAUGAAAUGCGGCGGCAGGGACGUUGAAAACAUGAGGGUGGUCCGUGCUCUGGUUCGUCAUGUUAAGUACUUCCUGGGUCUGAGGUUCGACGUGAGUGGCUUGGAACACCUGCAGACAGAGGGACCCUACGUCAUCAUCUCCAACCACCAGAGCUCCCUGGACGUUCUGGGUCUAAUGGAGGUUCUCCCAGAUCGUUGCACCAUGAUUGCCAAGAAGGAGCUGGUGUACGCGGGCACGGUGGGCAUCGUGUCCUGGCUAGGCGGCAUCGUCUUCAUCAACCGCAAGAAGACCAGCGACGCCAAGAGUGUAAUGGCCGAAGCUGCCAAGACCAUGCUGGACGACCAAAUCCGGCUGUGGGUGUUCCCUGAGGGCACACGGAACCAGAGGAGCGACCUGCUGCCCUUCAAGAAGGGAGCCUUCCACCUGGCAGUGCAGGCACAGGCUCCUAUCAUCCCCAUCGUGUUCUCCUCCUACAGUAACUUCUACCUACGUAAAGAAAAGCUGUUCAACUCGGGGACCAUCACGCUGAAGAUCCUCCCGAAGAUCGAGACGAAGGGCAUGACGUCAGACGACGUGGCCGACCUCUCCGACAAGUCCUACGACCUCAUGCGCUCAGUCUUCCUGGACAUCUCUGGCUUCGCCCCCUUAACCCAGAGCAACGGGCCCUCCUUGCACCACUGAACAUUUCCCAUGUCCGAGACACCAAAACCUUUCCCCUACCUACAGAUUAGGUAAAAUAUAUUGGCACCCUUAUGGAGCAGAAUGUUCUGUUUUCUCUUUUCAAAACUGGUUGAAUGGCUAUUUUCUUUUACCCUGUAGGCACCUGCAACUUACCACAGGUGUGAGAUAAAUUACACAGUAAACGAGAAAUUGCCUCCAACCAAAUUAAUUCGAAUUUUGAAUAAAUUAGUCUAGGCCAUUUAUUUUCUUUGACGAAAAACCUAAAUGUAGGUUUUUUUAUUUGGGGGGGGGGGUUCCUGUGCAGUUGUAAGUCAAACAAAUACAUGUGUGAACACAAUGUUUUCCAUUUCAACUUAUUUUUGAAGAAAUAGUGAAUUGUGCAAGGGUGCCAAUAUAUUUGACCACAUCUGUACCAGGACACAAUGCACACACACCCCAGGCCUCUGUCAUGAACUCAUCUGUUGUUUUGGCCUGGUACAGUUUGGUUCUGGUUGGCUCCUGCUCCGACCCAGCCCCCAUACAGUGCAGUCCUGACCUCUCACUGCAGAAGCCCUGUUGGCUCUGCAGGUUACGAGUGGAGUGACGGACGGCAAGCAAAACGGAACAGUAUUAAUGUGCGUUCAUCAUGCAUGCCUUGCAGAUAGCUCUGUUGCCCACCUUUUUUAAAAGAGUCUUUAGUGUUAUUGUCUGAUUUUUAUUAGUCAGUGGUUGUUCUUUCGCUUUUUUCCCCUCCCUCCGGCUCGACACUUGUUUAGUUUUUUCAUAAAUGUCGACGGUGGAUAUUUAUACUUUCCUCUGGUGCUGCCUUAACUUUUUUCUUAAUGCGCUCUCAAAGACACGCACAACACACAACCACCUUGCUUUAACAGACGCCAAGCACUCCCACCGCUAACACACACGCACAACUCACCACGGCACCCCCUCCCCCAACACCCCACCCAACCCCAGUUUAUCCUCCCCUGUUCCGUUGUGCAUUCCAGCCUCUUGCCUCUUUUGAAGGAGGACCAGGGUCUGGACCAGGGGUCUUGAGGGGAGAUGGAGGGUGACAGAGCGAAAGGAGAGGUCAGUAGUUGACCAGGGACUUGUUAUUUAUCUGUGUCUCAGUGCAAUCAACUCUAUCGAUACAUACAUACCACACUUGCUUCUCAAUCCACAUGAUCAAAAUAGCUCAAUGACAUACUGUUACGACAUAAAGAAACAAAGUACAACGACGACAAGAACAAUCAUCAGUAAAUUCAUGGACUCUAGUGGACUCAAUGAUUUCCAAACGCUGUGCAUUGUUGGUGUACUAGGGUGGCAGAUAGCCUAGUGGUUAGAGCGUUGGGCCAGUAACCGAAAGGUCGCCAGUUCGAAUUCCAGAGCCGACAAGGUGGAAAAUCUGUCUGUGACCUUGAGCAAGGCACUUAAACCUAAUUGCUCCAGGGCCGCCGUUGAUAAUGGCAUACCCUGGCCGUGACCCCACUCUGAGGGUGUCUCGGGAGUUGGGAUAUGCAAAAUACACAUUUCCCAUUCACACGUGUAUUAAUACACAUUGUACAUGUGUGAAAUAGGACAAAUAUAAGCCACCCACCAAAUUAUUAUUAUAUUGUCUUGGUUUUUUAUUUUCCAACAGCCUAAGAAAUAAACUGCAUGUAACAUUGAGUAAAAAGUGUAUUUUCUACAGCUGUGUUAUAUAUUUUGCUUUAUAUUUAUUUCUACAUCAUAUGAUCUUGUUUGUUUCGCUUGUGUUUU